AUGUUACAACCAGCUGGAUUCGUUGAUCCAGAGAGACCAGAUCAUGUCUUUAAACUCACAAAGACUUUAUACGGUCUUAAACAAGCUCUAAAGGCUUGGUUUGACACUUUCAGCGGCUUCCUGAUAGAAUUUGGGUUCUCAUGCAGUCAGUCUGAUCCAUCUCUCUUCACAUAUCACAACCACAACAAGACAUUGAUACUUUUACUUUAUGUCGAUGAUAUAUUACUAACGGGGAGUGAUGAAGAUCUUUUGAAAAGUCUACUAACAGCGUUGAAAGAGAGGUUUGCUAUGAAGAAUCUUGGAACACCACACUACUUCGUUGGCAUUGAAAUAGAAUCACACUCAGGAGGAAUAUUCUUACAUCAACAUGCUUAUGCACAAGACAUUCUCCAUCAAGCCUCCAUGUCAGAAUGUAACCCAAUGCCAACCCCUCUGCUUGUUCGUCUAGAUGAAGGAGACUCUCCAAGAUUCUUAGAACCUACAUACUACAGAAGUCUUGCAGAGAAGCUACAAUACUUAACAAUAACUCGAUCAUACAUACAGUAUGCAGUUAAUGUGGUUUGUCAGCGUAUGCAUUCACCAACUGUGGCUGACUUCAAGCUACUCAAGAGGAUAAUGAUAUACAUCAAGGGAACAAUGCAGUGGAGUUUUCAUAUCAGAGAAGACAAGACGGUUCAACUCUCUGCCUUCUAUGAUAGCGAUUGGGCUGGCUCGGUUUACCUCAGUGAAAAUCCAGCGCUACACAAGCGUUUAAAGCACUUUGAUACAAACUACCACUACAUACGGGAACAAGUGGCACUUGGUAUCGUUGAGACAAGACACAUUCCGGCAGCUCUGCGGUUGCAGGCAUCUUUACCAAGUCCUUACCUCGCCGAGCCUUCCUUGACUUGUGACACAAACUUGGAGUUGGAGAAUCCCUACCUCAAGUUUGAGGGAGAAUGA